AUGACGCACCCUUCCACGGCUGAGCAGGCGGCGCGGUUCACGGCUCCUAUGGCAUUAUCGUUCGACGAGAAGCAGAACGGGCAAGCAUCAUCCAUUUCUACACUGAAUGGAGAAGGCACACAGGGUUCAAGCGCACCGGCUGUCGCAACGCCAGCUGCACCGGGCGCUCAGAACGGAGUGAGCGGCAUUGUACCUACUCUUCAGAACAUUGUCGCCACAGUGAACCUGGACUGCCGCCUUGACCUCAAAACGAUCGCGCUUCAUGCGCGUAACGCCGAGUACAAUCCGAAGCGUUUCGCCGCCGUGAUUAUGCGCAUUCGCGAGCCGAAGACGACUGCCCUGAUCUUCGCCUCUGGCAAGAUGGUGGUGACUGGUGCGAAGUCAGAGGAUGACAGCAAGCUUGCUAGCCGCAAGUACGCGCGCAUCAUUCAGAAGCUUGGCUUUAACGCCAAGUUUACAGACUUCAAGAUUCAGAAUAUUGUCGGAUCAUGCGACAUCAAGUUUCCCAUCCGUCUCGAGGGUCUGGCUUCGCGCCAUCACAUGUUCAGCUCUUACGAGCCCGAACUCUUCCCUGGUCUCAUCUACCGCAUGAUGAAGCCAAAAAUUGUUCUGCUCAUCUUUGUCUCCGGCAAGAUAGUUCUUACCGGCGCCAAGGUUCGCGAGGAGAUCUAUCAGGCUUUUGAGCUCAUUUACCCUGUGCUCUCGGACUUCCGCAAAACCUGA